AUGUCUAUGUAUCCGCAUCGCGGCAUGCCGCCCAACGCGCCUCGCCUCACCGAGCUGCUUGAUCAGAUCCGGGCCGAAUUUGACAAUCAGGUUCGCCUGAACGAAGGAUACGAACAACAAAUCCAGCAGCAGGUCCAGGAGGCUCAGCUUGUUAGAGAGAAGGUCUACCAACUGGAACAGCAGCAUAUGAGCAUCAAGCAGAAAUACGAUGAAGAGAUUGUUCUGCUCCGUCGCCAAAUCGAUGCUGCUCGCGGCGGGGCUCCUCAGCAAGGCAUGCCCGGCCCUCCUCAACACGGCGGCCCUUCUACCGGCCCUCCUCCCGCCAUUGGUCUCGGAAACAAUCUCUUCAGUGGGAUUAUGACCGGCCAAGGAGGCCAGGGUGGUGGCCUGCCGCCGCAGCCGCCCCCUCAGGAGCAGCAGCCGCCUGGACCUCCGCAUCAGAUGCCGCAGCCGCCCCCGGGUCUUCAGGGUCCUCCCCCUCCGCCGCAGCCGCCAUCUCAGGUUCCGCCCUUCCAGCCGAAUUACGGUCAGGGGCCGGGCCCAAACAGCUUCCCCGGCGGGCCUCCUCAGACUACCGCUUCUCCUGGCCCCAAUAAGCGUGGCAUUGGUAGACCUCCUGGACCGGCUACUCCUCAGAUUAACACUCCGAUGCCAUACGGGGGCCCUGGCGCAUCGCCACAAGUCCCCAACCAUCCCACACCGGAUCACCGAGGAGUGACCGUGCAUCCUCCUCCUGGCACGUUGGUCAACAACGCCUUGGGUGAUUUGGACGUCGAGCGUCUGCCAGCGCAUGUCAAGAAGACCCGCGACGAUUGGUUCGUCAUUUUUAACCAGCAGGUUCCCCGUCUGCUGGAUGUGGAUCUGGUCCAUACCUUGGUUCAUGAGAGCGUGGUUUGCUGUGUCAGAUUCAGCCACGAUGGUAAAUACGUCGCCACGGGAUGCAACAGGUCCGCUCAGAUCUACGAUGUAAACACGGGUGAGAAGGUUUGUGUUCUGCAGGAUGAGAAUGUGGAUAUCUCUGGCGAUCUUUACAUUCGAAGCGUGUGCUUCAGUCCCGACGGCAAGUACCUUGCUACCGGUGCUGAAGACAAGCUGAUUCGCGUCUGGGACAUUGCCAACCGAACAAUACGUAACACGUUCGCUGGCCACGAGCAGGACAUCUACUCCCUCGACUUCGCCCGGGACGGCCGCACGAUUGCUUCUGGCAGCGGCGACCGAACUGUGCGACUCUGGGACAUUGAGCAGGGCACUAACCUGUUGACCCUCACUAUUGAGGACGGUGUUACCACGGUUGCCAUCUCUCCAGAUACCAAGUACGUGGCUGCAGGCUCCCUGGACAAGAGCGUCCGCGUCUGGGACAUCAACCAAGGAUUUCUUCUGGAGCGCCUUGAGGGACCUGAUGGCCACAAGGAUAGUGUCUACUCUGUUGCUUUCUCUCCUAACGGCAGGGACCUUGUCAGUGGUAGUCUGGAUAAGACUAUCAAGAUGUGGGAGCUUGCCAGCCCCCGAGGUCUAAACAGUCAGGCUGGGCCUAAGGGAGGCAGAUGUGUCAAGACCUUUGAGGGUCACCGAGACUUCGUGCUCAGUGUCGCACUCACGCCUGAUGCUAACUGGGUUAUGUCCGGUUCCAAGGAUCGCGGUGUGCAGUUCUGGGAUCCUCGGACCGGCUACACUCAACUUAUGCUCCAAGGCCACAAGAACUCGGUCAUAUCGGUGGCCCCUAGCCCCACUGGUGGGUUCUUUGCGACAGGUUCUGGUGACAUGAGAGCACGCAUAUGGUCAUACCGAAGUGUGAUGUCCUAG